CAGAGCUUUGGCUCUGUUCAUCCAAAGGCGUUCCAUUUCCUCAUCGGUAAAGCGAGCUCGAUAUAUUCUUUCCCACACGUUCGGUGACAACCACUCGGCCACCAAACCUCCCCGUUGUUGCAAUCGAUCAAUGCUGCUAUAUAUAAGGGACAUGCUUUCCGUCGCGUCUCGUCUUCUCAUGGUUGCAACUCUCCAAGAAUCAUCUCAAGUGUAAACACGUACGCGCUGCCAACCUUAUUUCCCAGAUUAUCUGAUCAGUGACUCCAUCGCAAUGGCUUCUUGCGGCGCUUCCUGCCUGACAAUUGCGGCGCUGCUGCUAGCGGCGUGCGCCUCCUCCGCCGCCGCCACCAGCUACACCGUCGGCGACGCGUCCGGGUGGACGAUCGGCGUUGAUUACACCAGCUGGGCCGGCUCCAAGUCGUUCAAAGUCGGAGACAGCCUCGUGUUCAAGUACGCGAGCGGAGCGCACACGGUGGUGGAGGUGAGCGCGGCGGGGUACCUGGCGUGCGCGGCGGCCAACGCGCUCGGCUCCGACAGCAGCGGCUCGACCACCGUCGCCCUCAAGACGCCCGGCAAGCACUACUUCAUCUGCACCAUCGCCGGCCACUGCGCCGGCGGCAUGAAGAUGGAGGUGGACGUCUCCGGCUCCUCCUCCUCCUCCAGCGGCGGCGGCGGAGGUGGAGGUGGCGGUGGCUCCACCCCCUCCUCGCCAUCGUCGCCAACACCGACCACGCCGAAUCCGUCGACCCCGACGCCGACCACGCCGUAUCCGUCAACCCCGAUGCCAACCACGCCGUAUCCUUCGACCCCAAUGACGACGCCCACCACGCCGUACACGACUCCGACGUCUCCGGCGUGCUCUGGCGGCGCCGGCGCCACGCCGGUAACCCCGGUGACGCCGGGCACCGUCCCGUUCAUGUCAUACAAUGGCGCCGGCGGGCUCGGACCGGUGGCGCUGGCUACCAUCGGAAUGGUUUGCUUCGUCGUAUUCGUGCAGCUUGGACUGUUGUAGAGUAGUAGCCAGGAUGGAGGCAGUGCAAAGUGAUCGUAUAUGUAGUAUUUAGAUGUACGUACAAAGGUCGCGUCGUGUACUGCAAUGCUAAAUGUAAUGUGUUCAUUGUAUUCAUUGUUGUAGCUGUGGAGCUGAAUUGCUACAUCUCAAGUUACCCUAUUUUUCAGCCCCAUCGUGUGGCUUAUAAAAUUUUUAUAAGCGUGUUCUCAAUUA